UGCCUAAUUGAGCCAUGCAGAGCUAAAAAGUUGACCUGGAUCCGACAGAAUCUCAUCAUGAAUUGGCCGGGAAGUGCUCGGCCUCGUGUUGGUUCUGUGACAAGCAAGCCUCGAAGGGUUCAAGAACAGCCUUCUGCACAAGCACGGCUGGAUGGCCGAGGAAUCUGUGCUUUUGGGGCCUCGGCAAGCGUGGCAGUGGUUUGGUCGCAGAGACGAGCGUCUCGAAGGCACAAGAUAUGUUCAUCUGUCUCUCAGCGAAUUGGAUCUGGCAAAGAUCCUGAGAAGCCCGACGCGAACAAAUGUGUAGGUCGAUUGGUGAUCCCACGUCUAUGGCGAGAGUUCCGGGACCAGGCGCAGCUUCGUUUGCUGAUUCCCGCGACGCUGAUUUCAAUGUCCCUGGCCGGUACAGCAUCUCUCAGGGCCUUUCUCACGGGUCGACUCCUGGAUGUGGCCUUGGGUUUCGUGGGGAAGGGAGGCGAUGCUGUGAAUGCCUUGGCACCCAUCGCAGGCCUCUACUUUGCUGCGGCCCUCUAUGGCUACUUCGCCAAUGUGGUGCAAGGCAUCCUAUUUGCUUUGGCCAGGUGGAAGAUGUCGAUGCAAAUGAGGAGAAAGUUGUUCAAGGCCUUGAUGCGACAAGAGGUUGCAUUUUUUGAGAAAAACUCCAGUGGUGCAUUGGUCUCCAGGUUGACAAAUGACACAGACCAGCUUCAAAACGUGCUGAAUCGUGCGCCAGAAAACUUGGUGACGAAUUUGGUUCGAUUGGUCGUCUCACUUGUCCUCAUGGCGAAGCAGCACUUGCUGCUGACGGUCAUCAGUGUUGCUCCGUUGCCAAUGGCAUUUUUUCUGGUCAAGAAGACCGGACAGGUCGUUGGUCGCUACGGAGCCUUGCAGAAUGAUGCCCUGGCACGCGUCAAUGGCGUAGCCUCGGAGGCCAUUGCAAAUGUGAGAGCAGUUCAACUGGCAGGGGCAGAAGGAACAGAGACCAAGGAGUACGAGGAUGCCACUGAGAGCUACUUGGAGGUGAUUCAGCAGACUCUGUACAAAGAGACAGCGCUUCGCUUUGUCUCCUCCCUUUUGAACGAUGCACUGACAGAUGUUCCGCUCUUGUGUUUGUCCUGCUUGUUCAUCGCACGUGGCGAGUUGACCAUGGGACAAUUCUACACCUACAGGACUCUCCUGUGGAGCUAUCGGCGAGGCUUUCGCGAGCUCUCAGAGUUGUUCACGGGCAUGGCGCGUGCACAGGCUGUUUCCAAAAGAUAUUUUGACCUCACUGACCGCGAGCCGAGCGUGUACACCCGGCCCAAUGCACAGCCUUUGCCACGCUCAUCUGUCAGCGGCCGGCUUGAACUACAUCGAGUUGGCUUUUGCUACGAUAGUCCCAAGGACCGUUGGGCGCUACGUGACGUCAGCUUCUGUGUGAACCCUGGCGAAGUGGUGGCUUUGGUCGGAGCAAGUGGAGCUGGAAAGUCAACGAUUUUGAAGCUCUGUGCACGUUUGGCAGAUCCUCAGGAGGGAUGUGUGCGAUUAGAUGGUCAUGACCUUCGAGAUGUUGAUUUAAAGGACUUGCGGCGGUGUCUGGGAGUGGUCGACCAGGAUCCCUCCCUUUUUGACCGAACCGUGGCGGCCAACGUGGCAUAUGGAUGUGAUCUGCCAGAUGGUGAAGAAGAGGAACGAGUGGCCUCAGCCCUGCAAGCUGCACAAGCAUCCUCAUUCGUGAAGGUCCUCCCCCCAGAGAAACAGCUGGGUGAGCGAGGGUCGUCCUUGUCUGGUGGACAACGGCAGAGGCUUGCCAUUGCCAGAGCCAUUGCCCGAGGAGCCCCGGUGCUGCUCAUGGAUGAACCAACUUCAGCCCUUGAUGGAGAGUCUGAGGAGGCAGUUGCCACCACACUGACUCAGUUGGCUAGGGAUGGGCAUGCAGUUUUAGUCGCUGCCCACCGCUUGCGAACUGUUGCCAGGGCUCAUCGCAUCAUCGUUCUGGAAGGAGGUACAGUGGUGGAGGAAGGAAAGCGAGAAGAGCUGUUGGCCAAACCUGAUUCCAGGUAUCGAGCCAUCAUCGAGCCAUCUAUGAUGAUUGAUUGAAGC